AUGACCGGGAAGCCUCCGCGAAAGCGGAAUCCACAAUCUGAAGUGCGAGCGUUGUCUAUAGCAGCAACGGCAACAGCAGCAGCAGGAGCUGCGGAUGCGGGAAAGAACGCAGCGUCAAGCGUCAGUGCCGCUGACUUGCCGCCUUCCUGCAGACUCUACGAGGCAAUCACAGGGAUUGGAGGCGGAGCGCUAACUCCGGUCGGAACACGUGGUGAAGGCGCCGGUGGUGCACCGUCGUCGUCGUCGUCGUUGUCGCCGCUGUUCCUUCAGCCGUACCUCUUCGCACGACCGAGUCCGUGUCUCGAGCACGAGUUCGAGCGCAUCGGGGCCGAGGCUCCACGCUGGUUGGCGGCACCACCUGUGGUGGACGAUGAGCUGGAAUGGGAUAUCCUCGGCGAUCUCUUUCGGCCGCUGUAUAUCGACACGGAAGAGACACAACAAUGGGAAACUGUUUUGAAUCAAGCUGGCACGACGCGGUGCCUACCGGGUGCGCCCCAGGCUACCUGCGCUUCAACGAUCUGUCAACAUUAUCUGAAAGCGCUUUCUCAGGAGAUGUCUCGGGCAACGACGGAAUACGCGACACUGGAUGGCGGCGAUGAUGCGCAGACGCGUCUAUCGCCGACGGACACAUUGCAUCUACGUCGCAAUGCUUUUGCGACGCUGGUAUACGCAUCCCCGAUCGUCUUCGAGCCAAUGGAUUAUGUUGUGCUCCUGGAAUGGGUUAUGCAGGGGGUUUCGGAGACCGGCGCGACCCCGAAUGCGUCCAUCCCUGAAUCGGUCGAGUUGGGACUUGUCACUCUUGAAAUCGCCGUGCCCUGCAUCCUUUAUCGUUGGCUUCGGAGGCAGCCGUGCGUCUCGACCGCCGCGAGGGUCAGCUGUCGAGAGCGACUCCUACCGGAUGGACUGGUAGAGCUCGCUCGCGUUGCAUGCCGCUGUGCCCAGAUCCGCGAACGUUUCCUGUUUCCAGACUGGGUCGCGUGGCUUCGUGAGCAUCUGAGGCUCGCGCCCAGGGCCGGACUCGCUGGGCGCUGGCUCGAAUUCGAGUUGAUGCGCAUGUACUGA